CCAGUCUUUGAUUGUCAUUCAUUCGCGUUAGACGGUGCUAUUGGCGCUGUAAAAAACAAUACCUGCUGUUUUGUAGUUUAUAGAAAUAAAGAAGUGAUUCCAAUACUUAUUCGAAACAUUCCACGUAAGAAGUCGUCAAGUACGAAAACGACGACAAUGACGACACCGGCCAAGUUGUACGGCAGAGAAUUGUCCACAUACGAUGAAAUUGAUGUCGACGAACUUUUGUCGAAGUUGACACAAGAAGAGCUGACUAUGCUCGCUAAGGAAGUAGACCCCGAUGACACAUUUUUACCACCAUCUCAAAGGACAAACUAUGCAUGUGAAAAGGAUCCCACUGGCCCGCUGAAUCGUAAGAAAUUGAUUGAACAUAUUAAUAAGCAGGCACUUGAGACGCCUGAUAGGCCAGAGGUGAAACCAUAUGUCGCCGGUGUUGUUAGAGGGAAAAAGUGGAUUCCACCACCACCUCCAGAGAAAGUCCGUGAUGCAGAUGAACAAAUUACAAUAGAUCUAGGUGAUGAAUAUGAGCAGGCACUCACCUCUGCCUCACAGGAGGAAAUCAUUGACCUUGCCGCUAUUCUCGGGUUCCACUCAAUGAUGAAUCAGGACCAGUACCACGCCUCAUUAUUAAACAAGGGGCAACCUGUUGGCCUCGGAUGGGACGGUAUCACAAAAGCGACUAAACCGAAGGUGUACCCAAUGGACCCACCAAACGACACAGACCCCGAAGAUACCAUCAAAAGGGUGAAGGAGAAUGACCAGAAUCUGACAGAUCUCAAUUGGAAUAAUAUUAAGAACAUAAGCGAUGAGAAAUUCGAGAAACUCUUCGAAGGGUUAAAAACAAAUACACAUUUGGAAGUUCUAUCGCUGGUUAACGUGGGUCUGAACGACCGCACGGCCCAACUUUUGGCUGACGCCUUGGAACAGAAUUCGACAUUGCGAGUGGUUAAUGUGGAGACUAACUUUAUCAGCCCCCCUGGUGUGGUGCAAUUGGUUAAAUCCCUGCUUACAACGACCAUUGUUGAGGAGUUCCGGGCUUCCAACCAGCGGUCGCAAGUCCUCGGCAACAAGAUUGAGAUGGAAAUAACGAAGUUGGUGGAAGCAAAUCCCACUUUGCUCCGACUGGGUCUGCACCUCGAGUACAGCGACGCUCGCCAUCGCGUCGCCAGUCAUCUGCAGAGGAACAUCGACAGAAAUUGCCGAGUGCAAAAGCGCACUAACGUGUCCCUGCGACUCCGCCUGCCCGGCCGGCCGCCCGCGGUGGGCGUCGACGCUAGCUUGUUGAACCUCACGCCGCCCAGCGCCGAAACACCCACGCCCACUAAAGAGACGGUAAUACCGGUCCUCGACGAAAGCGUCGAAAACACGAUCCUCAUACCGGCAGACGUUGUUCAGGAGCAGAACGGACGUAGCCCGACGACCACGCAAUUGCCAAACUUUAACCCCAAUCCAUACUCUACGGAAAGACCUAACGCUACGACUCCAGUUCAGGUUCUUUAACAACCUGCAAAAAGGCGCGCGUAGCCAAUAGAUUAAGGUGGCAGAGCUCUUCGCUUGACUCGAUGCACCCGCAGUCGUAGCUACGUUGUGGGUUGGAUCCCGUGAACUCGAGUAUACAGACAUAUAAACACAAAUUGUGCGCGUAAAUAUCGAACACCAUACGAUUUUUUUUAAUUUACGCAUCCUUAAGGUUUAAAAAUCGAGUACAAGUCAAUAAUGACCGGUUUUUUUGUGUUUAUAUGUCUCUGUCUUAGCUAAACUCGCCCGCAGUCGCUGCCUUUACGCUGUCCAUACUCUUUGUAACUGUGUAGUUGAUAAAUUUUGGUGCCUCUUGUGCCCACUUAGGCUUCGCGUUCACUUUCGUCUCUUUCUGUCAAAUACUAUAUUCGCUAAGAUGGAAAGAGACAAAUAAUUGCUUUUGGUAGAACAGAAUAAGACUGGUGUUUAUGAAAGGUUCUUAUUCUGACGCCAAUUUGGUGAGAUUGAAAUGUAGAUUUAAAACGCGUCUGAAAUUAGGGCCGUAGCUUUACGCACUCGUGCGUUGGUGCUCGUAUAUUUAUUUCUAGCUAUUUUUAUAUCACUUUUUAACAUUUGACUACACAAGGACAAAGAUCACAGACAGUUAUUUUAAUAGGGAAUGUUUGGUACAAAUUGUGAGUUUAUUUUGGACCGGUACGUCUAGAUGGCAGGUCCGAGCCUAGACUAUGGGUAACAAAAUAAAAUCGUACGAUUUGUUUGAAUGAAAGUAUGUUUAUUAAUUCUUAGCGUGUUAAUGAAUUCGUAUUAAUUUUAUCAUUUUAAUGAAUUGUAAUAUAUUGUAAGUUUACAUUCCGUUAACGCUAAACAUGCUUCUCUAUUGACCUGCAACUGUUUUCACACAAAUUGAUAUAACUUCGAACGGCCAUAGUUUGUCUGUUUUUGUACAAAUUUUUAUUACAAAUGACAUAAUUUAUAAUACAAUUUCUUUACAUUUAAGUUUGUAGCAAUUAAGGGAGAAGUAAUGUUCCGCGUAAACGGAGAGCUAAGUUUUUAAAUUUCAUAAAGCUGUAGGUUCUAUUAUCGCAGAUUCGUUUAGUUACUUUCUAGUUAAAGUCGAGUCACUUUCAGGCUUUCGAUGUCGGCUUUGUAACAUUUAGCUUAUGAUGCUAAUCAUUGUAACUAUGUAUAUUAGUAAAGGAUCCUAGAAUCCAUAACGUUGUGAUAAACAUCUUUUUUUUCCAAUAAAUUGCUUGAUUAUUUUCAUUUUAGUUUUGAUUUUUGGCAUCGAUUGGGAACAAGUAUCCCAUUUUGAAAUUAGCCAAAUUGUAUAUGAAUUUUAGAUUUUUUAUGUACCGAUAAUGAAAUAAAAUUUUAUUAUUAUAGAUUUUAUUUAUACUUUUGACGUAAGCAUUUUGAUUCAACGACAACCUCGAAGUAGAGUCGCAGUUCUGUAGUUUGUGACAAAAUGUAAUAAAAAACAAUUAUUCA